AUGGCAGUAAGUAUCGUGGAGGCGCGCGGGUGCAAGGUGCCCAUCGUGGUGGUGGGCAACAAACGCGACCUGCCGCCCGAGCAGCGCGCCACCGUCGCCAUCUUCGACUGGGAGUGCGGCUACGUCGAGUGCUCCGCCAAGGACAACGACCACAUCGUCGAGGUAUAG